AUGGAAAAUGAGAUGGAAUCCGCCAAAUUGUCCACGUGUAGCCUUUUUGUUGUUGGCUCAUCGAGAGACAUGAGAUCCAGAAUAGGAGUGGUCUUGGUCAGUUCGAAAGGACACAAACUCAAUUGUGCAAUAAGGUUCAGCUUUAAGGCCACCAACAAUGUAGCAGAAUAUGAAGCCCGUCUAGCUGGCCUCAGAUUAGCCAAGAAAAUACAAGAAAAAAGGUUGGUCCUAGUUAGCCAAGUUAACGGGAAUUUUGAGACUAGAGAUAAAACUACGGUAGCUUACCUUAAAAUGGUCAUGGAGCUCUUACCAGCCUUUAAGAGAGUUGAGUUGGCACAAAUCCCACGUCUAGAAAAUACUUACGCCGACUUUAUUUCAAAACUGGCAAGAAGCAAAGAUUCUGAUUUUGAACUGCUAACAAUUGUCCCAAUACAGCACCUCUCUAGAUCCUCUAUUGCUAAAGUCGAAGAGUAUUCAUCAAAGGCUAAUCUCUACUCCCGGCAAAGAGGAGGCACAGAAGCUCAGAACGUGAGCCGUCAAUUCAUCUUUCAGGAUGACGUUCUAUACAAACGAGGCUUCUACUUGCUCCUACUCCGAUGCAUAGGUGAUGAACAAGCCACCUACGUGCUUCAAAAAGUUCAUGAGGGGAUAUGUUGCAACCACGUUGGAGAAUCGUCUCUAGCAUAA